CUCAGCGUCCGCGUUUCACUCAUGGCAGGCAGCUCUUCAGAGAAGCUGGACCUUGUUGUCCAGAAAAUCAGACCAUUCCCUGAUUUUCCCACCAAAGGUAUACUGUUUUGGGAUAUCUGCCCCAUUCUGAAAGAUCCUAAAGCUCUAGCUGCUGUUAUAGACCUGUUCGAGGAGCAUGUCAGGCAAAAACACCCAGAGGUGCAGUUGAUCGUAGGUCUGGAUGCCAGAGGUUUCCUGUUUGGGCCUCUUUUGGCCCAAAGGUUAGGAGUAGGCUUUGCUCUGGUCAGGAAGAAAGGGAAGCUCCCCGGCCCCACAGUGUCUGUAGCGUACAGUCUCGAGUACGGCACGGCUGAAGCAGAGAUUCAGGAGGAUGCUGUGGAACCAGGACAGAAGGUUCUACUCGUUGAUGACCUGCUGGCUACUGGGGGGACGUUGUAUGCAGCGUGUGAGCUGAUGAAGAAGCAGCAGGCCGAAGUUUUGGGCUGUUUAGUGGUGAUCGAACUGAAGGACCUCAAGGGGGCAGAAAGGCUGAAGUCAUACCCUGUUUUCUCUUUGGUGCAACACUGAGCAGAUACUACCUCACCAGUCCAUCCUGAUUUCCGCUUAAAAAGUCUGUGUUUACAGCAGGGAAUAAGUACACAUCCCUUAGACUGAAGUGUUUUGUCUCUUUAAACUGAAAAUGUCAUAGAAGCCGUUUGUCAUUGUCACUGAGCUGGUCCAUGUACGGUCAGGUCCAAGUAUUUGGACACUGACACUUUUUUUAAUUUUGCCUCACAUCAUCAAAACACCAGUGACCCAGUUCCAUUUGCAGCCAUAUAUGCCCAUGUCUUAACACUACCUCCACCAUGUUUCCAGAUGAUGUACUAUGCUUCUCCAUACUGUUAUCUCCAUACUCCGUACCGUCAUUCUGGUACUAGUUAACUGCGGUUUCAUCACUCCAAAGAAUCUUAUUCCAGAACUGGGCAGGCUUUUUUGGAUGUUUUCUAGCAAAGUCUAAACUGGCCUUUUAGUUCCUAUGUUCACUUCAGUGGUUUCCACCUUUUUAGCCUGUGAAGAUGGAGGGACUGUGUAAAAAUGGCUCCAGUUCCUAAACGGUUAAUGCAGUAUUUUUUUGUUCAGCCUCUUGAAUUAAAGCUGAAAGUCUACACUUCAAUCACAUCUUGACCGUUUCAUUUCGUAUCCAUUGUGGUGGUGUAUAGAGGCAAAAUUACAAAACUUGUCACUGUCCAAAUACUUGACCUGACUGUAUGUGCUAUUUAAAGGGGACCUUUGCUCUCUCUAUGUGAAGUGAUGCAUGAUUGAGUUGCAUUUCAAAUGUAAAUUUAAUAGUCAGCAUGUCUUAAUAAGAAGCAAUAUGUUCAUAUCGUAUGCAGCCAAAUACCUUGUUUACUCAUCCCUUUAUUUGGGAUAUAAAUAAGUAAAAUAUUACGGUAAUGGUAGCAUGUAGUAUUACACAAGCAAUGUCCUGAUUCUGGAUUCGAGUUCAUCUGUUUGUACUGUACAGGAUGAUUCAUCCGGUUUCAAAAUGAUUUAUUUCACUUGUAAAUCAUUACAGAUCAAUGCAGUGAACUGUAAAUGGUUUAAUGAGCAUAAAGUUUAUGUAAUUGUACAAGGUCUCAGUAUGAACCUCCUCCAGCUGUACAGACAACAUCAACGCCAUAGUCAAACCCAUCCCACACUGGAUUGAGCCUGUCAGACUGUUCUCACGGCUCUUUCAGUGCAAUUUCGGAGAUCGUCCAGUGUUGUGGAACCAACGACGAACGCUCUGAGCUGUUGGAGGUUCAUUGAUGACAAAAAUCACGUUGCAGUUAUGACGGAUUCACUCUUAUUGAAGUGGAGAAUGUAAAACGUUUUCUGCUCAGGGGUCUCAUCUCCUCUCAGACUGAAGGGAGCCAUCUUCCGGUGACAGUCAGAAACUCUAUGACCCCCUCUUUCAUUUGGUAUGUGAUUGGUUCCUAGGCACCUCACAGUUGUAAAAAUAUGGUACUUUGAAAUCAGAUGAAUCUUGUUGAAUCACCCUGUAUUUUGGACUGUUGUGUUUGUUUUGGGACUUUAACAGCAUAGCAGUUAAAGAGGGCAUUAGUCGUGAGGUCUGACCUGCCUGUGUAAUUAGUGUGAUUACAUGUUUAAUAUCUUAAAGCCACUUUAGGGUAAGUAGAACGCUCCAUUAUACUUCAUACCUUUGCAGUAGAAAAUAUGUAUUAGGGACGCACUAAUAUGGGAAUUGUGGGCCAAUGACAGUACCAUGUAUUAGUCAUGCACUUACUAUGUUGAUGCCAAUACACAAAUGUAGAAGAUGGAACUAAAUUCACCCUGAAUAUCGGAUUAUAUAGAAAUGUAAAAUGUAUCUGCAGUAAAAUGAGUACAAUUCAGACAUUUUAGCACAGUAGAAAUGUCUGAACAUUCCUGUUCUUCCAAAGUACAAUAAAAACAGCAAGUACUGAACUGAAAUCAGUCAAAUUUAAGAGGUUUAAAACAGCCGUCUUCUGAUUCCAUUGGCUCCAAUAUUAGUGUGCAUGCCUAACAUGUAUUGUUAAAUCAAAGUAUGAAAAUAUUACUUACAGUGCCUUUAUAAUUAUAUUUGUAUGUGAUUGAUUUCUUGCAGUUGUCCAAAGCGGUUCCAAAUCAAAAAGCUGUAAUUUGGUCUUGAUUAAAAGACUUAUUGAAAACCA